UAGGCAAGGACUCUCACCCACCAGGCUGAACGCUCUCACUUUCUGCCGCGUCUCUGCGCCUCUCUCACCUCGACCACGAACUCACCCACCAACUCACCCACGCGCUCACCCACCACUGACCCGGACACGAACUCGGACCUUGAUCUGCGGGAGCUCGGAACGGACACGCGGGCCUCUGGUGCGGUCACGAAGGUUCCAGCAUCACCGGACGGCCGACGAUGGAGGUGCCCUCGGUGAUCCUCGUCGCCUUCCUGGUGCUCUUCUCCACGUUGAUUCCUGCGGAGCUCGUGCAGGGGGCACCGCUGCCACGACGCCAGCACGGGGCGGCGCGCAAAGCAGCUGCACGUCCGAAGAACGCGCUCCGUCAACUGCUGACCCCGCAGGGAAAAGAGCUUGGCCUGCAGCGCAUGAAGAGGCAGCCGGCGGAGGAGGAGGCCUCGGACACGGAGGGGGCCGGGGGAGACCCCCCGCAGGCCCCGCCGGAGAUGGACGGGGUCCUGGCGCCAAAGUUCUACCCCGUGGGUCCCGCCGAGCCGGUGGAGCCAGGACUGCCCAGCAGUGAGUCCGAGAGGCACGGGGGCAGGGAGGAGGAGGAGGAAGAGCGGGGCGGAGGUCAUCGUGAAGACGACGAUGACGGCCAAGACAGGGGCCAGGACUACGGCGAGCCCGACCAUGACGACGAGUCGCGCAGGGGCGGCGGCGGCCACUACGGCCACGAAGAUCGGGCGCGCGCGGAAGAGGAGGAUCGGCGACAGGAGGAGGAGGAGGAGAGGCGGCGGCAGCAGGAGUCCUACGACCCCUACGGGGGUCAACGGGGAUCCCACGAAGGUCACCAGGACGGCUAUGGCGGUCACCAGGACUCGUACGGAGACCACCGCGACCCUUACAGCAACGAGUACAACCCGUACUCCAGCUCGCGCAGCUACAACCCCUACCACGAGUACCAGCAGCUACAGUACGAGCGCAUGCGCGAAUACCAGGACCGCUACAUGCGCAUGAUGGAGGAGCUGGGGGUGCCGGGCGUGUGGGUGGACGGGCGAUUCCGCCGGCAGGACAACGCCGACCAAGAGGGCGUGCACGACGCCUACUACGCCGCCCGCGGCCCACACAGUCGCCACCCCUACGACUACUGAUGCCACCACCACCGCCACCACCAGCACCACCAGCAGCACCACCAACACCACCAGCACCACCAGCACCACCAGCACCACUAGCACCACCAGCACCGCUAACACGAUCGCUACAGACACAUCGUGAUGAACACUAUCGACACAUCACCACCACCUCCACCAUCACCGCUUUCACUGCCAAGCACCAUCGCUACCACCAGCAUCACCAACACGGCCACUGCCAACACCACCGCCACCCACCAGCAAAACCAACGCCACCAGCACCACCAACACGACCAGUACCAACGCAUCAUCGUGACCACUGCUGACGCAUCAUCACCACCACCGUCAACGCUCUCACUGCCACUGCCAACACCACCGCCACCAGCACCACCAACACGACCACCACCGACACAUCAUCCACCAACACGACCAACACGACUACUACCAACACAUCAUCCACCAGCACCGCUCUCACUGCCACUGCCAACACUGCCACCGUUAUCCCAAUUGCUAUCGCCGCCACCACCAACACCAGUACCACCGCACCAGUACCAUUGCCAUCGCAACGCCACCAUCACCACAACACCACCAUCACCAUCACCACUGCCAUCAACAACGACAUCAACGUCACCACGGCCAUCACCACCGCCGCCACCAUGAUCACCAUCACCGCCAUCAACAUCCUCACCGUAACCCACACUCCACACUCCACAACCGCUAUAAUCGGAUUGCCAGCAGGCCGGUGCGUGCCGGCAACCCCUUACGAUUACUCCACUCUCACCGUGCCGUCGGAUUACUUCCGGUAAACUUGUUCCGAUUGAUUAUUUGUGGUCGUUGUUCGUCGUUAAGAAUGUUUCUAAAAUGAGUCAAAAGAACAAUUGACAAUUGACGGGUGGUGAGGCGGGGCGGGGGAGGGGUGCUAAUGAUGGAGUCUAAUCAAGUGGGUUAAUGUGAGAACAACCAUGAGAUAUUGAUUACUUUUUAAAAGUAACCCUACCCAACGCUGCUCACACAUUAGCCACCUCUGUCUUCCCAGUAACGUUAAGCCGGCCAUUGGUGUGUGGUCAGAAUCGUUGGGCCAAAGCUGGGCCCAGAGACGUUGAUCCAACGUUUCCAUGUGCUGUGCACCGCCAGGGGUUGAAAAAAUGUGAACACUUCCGAGAAUUUGCAACGACACCACGAGAAAUGCGCCUCUGGACGCUGGAGACCACCUGGAGAAGAUUCCAGGCACGUGUUGACAACGAUGGCGAACAAGUGGAGACUCUUUGACUUGAAGCUACUAACAUUACAUUUGUUAUGAUGUUUCAGUGUAACACAUUCCUGCGGAGGGAGCUGGUAGGAACGUUGGGUUGCUCGGUCAAUGGCCAGGGUCAACGGCGGCGUGGUGUAUUCCGCAAAUAUGGCCGACUGUGAGGGCGGGCACAAGCCGGCGUGAGUAGGUUAAACGUUGAGUUGUAUAAGGGCACCACGGGGUGACCAGCCCCUCCCCACCCAGCCCCACCCCACCCUCCCCACCCAGCCCCUCCCCACCCUCCCCUCUCCACCCAGCCCCACCCCUCCCAUUUUUGGAUGCACGACGAACGGACGGACACAAUAAUCCCCUGUGGGCUGGUGGAACCAGAUGGUUCCUACCAGUAUUAUCCGUUCUUUAAUUAAAAACGAUAUUCCCAUGUAAGUGUUCACAUUUUUUUGAAGCACCCUGUAUAUGGCCCCGACACAUUCACCGUCUCGUGGGCUCAUUAACGUCGCUCGCAAUCGCUCCCCUCUCCACCUCAUCACCCGUCAGCCUUCCCGUCUCAUAGCCACGGUGGCGAGAUGUUAACUACCUCGCCUGGUAUGCAGGAGGUCGCGGCGUUCGAUUCCGACCCCCGACGCCUGCUGCUGUAUAUUUGGAGUUUGCGUGUUCUCCCCGUGGUCGCGUGGAUCUUUUUUUCUCCGGGUCCUCCGGUUUUUCCCUCCACAUUUAGAAACACGCGUUGAGACUAUUUGGCUGCGAUACAUUUCCACGCGAUAAGCCACUUCGUUGAGCUAUCACGUGUGGCCAGGUCGCUUCUGAAUAAGGAGCGAUAUAGCUCAGCUCAGUGGGCCUUACCUGGUGAAAUAAAAAAAAAUAGUUUAUAGUUCAUAGUUUAUAGCCAACAAUGUCGUUCAUAACCGUCUGAUCAACAUGCUUCGUCGACCCACACUGCAUGUGUACAAAAAGUUAUCGGGCCGUAAUCAUUCUGCGAUUUAAAAAAAACCACUAGUUCCUGAAGAACUGCAUCGUUGUAACGUUGUCUUAAGUUACCAAUGCAUCUAACAAAUGUGACUUGAGACAAUGUAUGACCUGGGCAAUGCAGAUCCUCAGGAGCUGGUGGGUUUUUUUUUGCAUGACGCUUUUGGCCAAGAGCUUUGUUGUACCGUAAGAAGGUGCAGCGUGCUUUGUGCGUUGCAGAAAACGUCUGGUUUUUUUUGCCUGAAACCGAUGGUUCUGUUGUGAUGAUUUUGGUGUUUCUCGUCACGCGGAGAUUCUAAUCCCAAGGGUCGUGGUUUGAUGAGUUGCCACGAUUCUGGGCUCGCCUCACCCUUCCAAUCAAUAGAUUAUCCUUUUGUCUCGUU